CCCCAAAGUCUCCCUUCUCCCUCCACAGUCCGCAUCCGUCGCAAUUUCGAUCCAUAUAUACCACAGCCCAUCGCUCACCUCUCUUUCCCAACCCUCCCGCCUCCUUCCUCCUAUGUGGCCAUGAGCCAAACCAUGUCCGGUCUGGGAGACUGGCUCCACUACUACCCCCCUACCACCUCGUUUCCGGCCCAACCGCUCCCUCCCCGGGACUCCCGCCCCCCGCAAACCAUGUUGGGCGAUCGAGUCGUCUCCGACGCCACCGUCGUCACCACCACCAUCACCUCCUCUGUGAACUCCGGCGCCGCCGCCCACCUGAACGCCGAGGGCCGAGUUUCGAAACCGGUGCGGCGGCGGUCGAGGGCGUCGCGGCGGACCCCCACCACCCUUCUCAACACCGACACCACCAACUUCCGGGCCAUGGUGCAGCAGUUCACGGGCGGUCCGUGCGGGCCCUUCUCGUCCUCCCCCGCCUCCGGCGGUCUCAACUUCAAUUUCGGGAUCGGAGGAGCCCACCUCCACAGGCAGCAGAAUUAUGUUAACCACCCUGGUGGUGGUGCAGUGUUGUUUCCUGCCGCAGUGGGGGGCUCGCACCAACAUCAGCAGCAGCAGCAGCUGCAGCUGCAGUACUUUCAAGCACACCACGACCAUGAUCAGAGACCAGCAGGGAGCAGCGUCCCUAGGGAAGGGAUGGGGGUGUCCGACGGAUUGAUAGGGGAGGGCGGAGUGCCCUCCCAGGUGCCGUACAGGCCGGCGCGGGGGUCCGUCGCCGGCAGGCCGGGAGCUAAUGGUUACAUGUUUUGAGAAAUAUGAAUAUUUUAAAGGUGAAAGAUAUGAAAGGAAUCGGAUAAAGUAGAAGGUUCUGACUUUUUGGCGCAGGGGGGGAACCAUUGACCGAUGUAAAUAUAUGUUUGUUAAUUCUCACUUGGUCGGAAAUGGCAAUGUCAGCUAGCUACCUAUAAACCUACCUAGCUACCUGGAAUGCUAGAGAUAUGAUAUCGUUUCGAAGAUUUUUUCUUUUACUUUUACGUUUUAUUAUUAUUUUUUUCUUCUCCUUCAGUGUUCUUUUGUUUUUAAAAAAUUAAUAUUUUAACUGGGUUUGAUUGUGA